AUGGAGAAGGAUGGAUUGAAUGUGAACGCGCGUUCGUCUACAAAGGCAGAUGAGAUGUUAAAUCCUGGCACUUCGACGGCGGUUUCGUCUGAUGUUGAGACGACACCCGCGCCGUCGACUCCGGCUGAGCUCAUCCCAGAGGGACCAUUGCAUCGUCUGAAGACGCCAGAAGAGGAGACAGCCAUCGUGGAGGAUGAAGUCGAUGCGGAGUUCACAGAAGGGACGGUCGGGCAUUACAUGGUGGUGAUUGGGGGAUUCUGCGGCAUGUUCGCGUCUUUUGGAUGGCGAGCGGGGUCGGGUUUCUUCCAGGGGUAUUAUCAGCAGGAUCAACUGCGAGACUACAGCCCUUCCACCAUUGCCUGGAUCAAUAGCGUGGGGUUCUUCCUCAUGUAUUUCGGUGUAGGUGUUAUUGAAUCACCUGAAUGUGUCGCCGAGAGGGCCUACUGA